AUGUUCUUCUUAUUGAGAGACCCAUGUGGAAUCAUUUGCAUCGUUUUGACGUACUUAGCCGUUUUUUAUGCCGACUACGUAGUUGUAAAAUGGGUGAUCCUCCAAACAAUGCAGAACAGCUUGUGGGGGUCCUUUCACAUGGUCAUGUUUAAUACAAUAGCAUUCCUGGCGUCAUUGGCGCAUUUUCGGGCAAUGUGCUCUGAUCCGGGCACAGUCCCACUGCCUCACAAUAGGAUGGAUUUCUCAGACAUUCAUUCAGAUUGCAACAAUGGAACUGAACAAGAGGACUGGACAGUUUGCACCCGCUGUGAGACUUACAGGCCACCCAGGGCGCACCAUUGUCGAAUAUGCAAAAGAUGCAUUCGUCGUAUGGAUCACCAUUGCCCUUGGAUUAACAAUUGUGUUGGAGAAAAGAAUCAAAAAUACUUUCUGCAGUUUCUGAUGUAUGUUGCUGUUUUAGUAGUAUAUGCUGUAGCUCUUGUGAUGGCUUCGUGGAUGGAAGAGUGUCCAAGCUGCCCUAUAGACAUAACAGUCCGCCAGAGUCGAAUAUUACACACAGUCCUCGUAUUAGUGGAAAGCCUACUAUUUGGUUUGUUUGUAGCAGCUAUGUUAGUUGAUCAGCUACAAGCCAUAUUUGGUGAUGAAACUGCUGUGGAACAAGCCCAAGAUCUCGGUCCAUACCGACCCCAUAAGCCUCGUUUGGCACUACUUACAGAAGUCUGUGGCCGCACUCAUCCGCUUCUUUGGCUCCUGCCAUGCGACACAGGAGUUCCAUACAGUUCCUAUCAAAGUGAUUCAACUACACUAUUAACUCAUGAAGUAUGACGCAAUUGGGUGCUUGUGUCAUUAUUUUAUUUCAGUGCUACUUCAGAUGCUCCAGCCUGCUGGAUUCCACCUUAUGUACUAAGGUGUUGUUGUUGUCCCAUUUUGUAAGAUCACGGCACUUACAACAUUGUGAUAAAAUUAUAAGUGAUUCCAUUUAUAGGUGUUAGUUCUGAAGCAAUUUCCAAUACCUGAUAUAAAUUCUCAUGUAAGCAAUUAUGAAUUGAUGCUGAGUUUUAUUAUUACUGUACUUUAUUUUGUAUUAGUGGUUUAUUUAAUACUGUUCAAUUCAUGUUUGCUUUGUCUAUUUGCAUCACUUUUCCUUUUUUGUGUGUAUGCUGUAGAGAUGAAAUAUCUAGAUUUAUAUUCUUAAUCUGGACAUCAUCCUGUCUUUAUCAGAUUUGAUGGGUUUUACAUUUGUAUCCAUGCACUUGUCUUUUUACUCCCACUAUGCGUUGGGAGUAAUUGUAGUAUAUUUUCACUUGGCUCAUUAGUGUCUUUUUCUUUGACUCUGUGUGAUCACAGAACUUAAACAUUCUCCUUCGUAGUUUAUAAGACACCUCUGUCACAUCAGUCACACCCCUUUGAAUGUUUUUGGGUGUUCAGAACAUUCCAAAAAGAACAAACAUUUAGAGUAUUCAGACAAAUGCUACUGUUAAAAAGUAAUUGUCACAGCUUUUUUUUUUUAAUUUUUUUUGUUGAUAUGGUUUUCUGCAAGAUCUAUUUGCCUAUACUUCAUCUGUUUCUUACAUUAUUAAAAUUGUUAUACUCUUGACUUCAAGACUUAAUUAAAUGUCAAAAAUAAAAAAUUAAUUAACUAAUUCUAACUAGUUUCAAAAAUUGUCUGGAUUGUUUGAUAACCUUUCGAAUGCACAUCAUUGUUGCAUUACUUUAUCUUGUUGUUAAGCUUGUUUGUAAAUUAUAAUAUUUUGAGGUAGUAUAUUGAGGAGUUAGUCAAAAGUUAAUGUUAUGUUUUCUGUCUACACCUUGUGAGUCGGAUCUUUGUGCAAUUUUUUAGAGGGUACUUUUACUUUAUUUAUGUCAAGAUUUUUGGUGAUUCCUUUCAAUCUUGCCCUCAUAGCUUUCGAAUAUUUUCUGACUUCUUGUCUUAGCUAGUCAUCAUGUGUGUAAAGCGUCUUUUUGUGUUUAUAAUAUUUUAUUAAAAGCAUAGUAUUUGGGAUUGUUUGGUGAGACAUAUCAUGGAUUUAUAGAGGACAUUUUAAUUAACUAUGGUGUCAUAUAAGUACUUACUUGUCCUUACUUAUCUCAGUCCAAAAACUGAAGCUCAUGUAUGGUAUGAAAGAGUUAGGUACAUAAUGUGAAAGUUGUGAGUCUGUGAAUUGUAAUGUUUUCUAAAUUGAAGCAAUACACAUAGUUGACUGCCCGCAUUUUUAUACUUAAUAUGAUUUUUAUUUUAAGA